AUGGCUACAGCUAUGCAUUCCGCUCAUCAUGCAAGGAUGAUUGCAGAUACAGUAGCGAAAUUCCGCAAAGGAGAAAUGGUUGAUGAUCUUGUGUUUCCCAUUUGUGCUGCUUGCAGCGCACCCCAGAGAGGCGCUAAAAAACUGCAGUGUUCCAAGUGCAAAGCUAUCCACUAUUGUAAUAUUCAGUGCGCAACAAAGGAUUGGAAAGGGGGGAUUGUAAUUUCAACAGGUGAUGUGGGGGAACGUCACAAAGAUAUUUGUGGUACACUUAAACUGGCGGUGCUGAAGAAACCCGAUAUGCAGGCCAUCGCGAGACAAUUUCCCUGGGCUCGACAACAAUCAGACGGAACUUUCUCCUUUGUCGCCCUUAAAGGAUCAAAAAACCUUCUCGGAACAGGCGCCGAGUUCGGUUGGUGGACGGAAGAACCGUGUUGUAACGAUAGAUCAACCUAUACUUGGGGAUUCCGCCUUCUCGAUGACCAACACAUCCGCGAACGCGACGGGUGGAAGUUGCCUGACAACCAUAUUCCGUGGUUGGAUUUUGGGCUCAGCGGUACCGUUCCUCCAAAGGCUCCCGCUCAAUUUGAGCAUAAUUGGAAAAGCUAUUAUGCUUGGCGGGGGUUACCGAUCGACUCUCCUGCCGCUCUCCUUCUACACUGGCCUCUCACCGCAUUUCGAUUGCUCUCUCUUCUCGGAUUCGUUCCCUCUCCGCCUCCCACUGAAAGACGUCAGUUAACGGUUUACCUGCUCGGCGUCGAGAAAGAACUUGACUUCGUACCCAUAUUCGGCGAACUCGCCCUCCUCCUCCCACAAACCGACCUCCACCUAACAAUGUUCGGUCCCGGCGUCAACGAGCUUCUCAAAAAAGCAAACAAAUUGAAAAACCCCACUUCAUGCCUCGCUCGCCAACCUACCAUCUACUCCUACACCGCUCCCAAGUCCUCAGGAAGCGGGAGCAUUAAAAUCUCUUUCUCUCCUUCCGCAUCCCCAUUUUUACUUGGGCAAGACCUCCGGGGCUCCUCUCACGGUAAUAACACUAACACGGGGAUAAAACGCCCCGACGCAAUGAUAGCAUUCAACGCGGGCCUCGCAACAUAUCUGGAAUGGAAAUCCGUCGUCAUCGCCUCUCGCGCGUUUGCAGUCCCCUUCGCGGUGACGGAUUAUCAAGAAGUUAGCAUGGAGAGUGAUAUUCGGUUGUUGAUGAGACAGUUGGUUGGGCUGAGGCAUAUGUUCUGGGCCGGUACGAAGCUUUCGGGGGAGGAGGAGAGGAAGGUGGGGGAGGCCAUGAGGGAUAAGUAUGUGCAUGGGUUGAAUCCGUUUAUGCUUCUUGGACCUCGACCACACCCGAUUGGAGGUGGACCGUCGGCUGUGAAUGGGUUUGAGAUGGUUAUUACCCCAGGUCCUGCUUCAUUGGAGUAG